AGGGAUGUGUGACGUCUUGCAGCUCUCGAUAAUCAUGAUAAGAUAGACAUGUCGGCGGAGAAGAGUUCAAAAAUAAAAUCGGUGAUAUGGGUGGUACUAAUGGACAAGAAGAAGCAGAAGAUCACAGCAGGACGGGAGUGUGAUGAGGUGUCCGCUGGUGAACUCAGAGAUGCUGUGUGCAGGAAACUGAGGAUUACCUCUGAUGGAGCUGAAGCUUUCUCUAUCUGGAUCUGUUCCCCUUUACUUCAGUUACAACUAAAGCCCUCACAUUACCCGACCGCUAUCUGUGACUUGUGGUACGAUCUGCUGGCUCAAUUUGCUCCCGUCAGUGAGCGACAAGCAAAUAAUGAUUUACCGAUAAUAAUGUUGAUGAGGAAUGUGUUUUACCCGCUCAGUCAAGAGAAACUGUUAGUGGAGAAAGAUUCUCAAGCUAGAUACUAUCUUACUGCUGAGGCGAUGUUUAAUUUCCUAACUGGGAGGUACCCAGUUGAAGACGAGUUGGCUUACAAACUAGCUGCUCUUCAACUUAAGAUGGAGGGCAAGAAACUCCACAACUUUCCUCCCGGCUCGCUCCAGAACAUAGCGAACCAGAUUUUACCAUGGGACGUCAUAAAAAGGAAGAAGAAACAACCUCUCUUCAUCGACAAGAGGAUCAGAUCUCAUCUGAACGACUUGAACACGACCACGCCCGGUACACUGGAUCACAUGUACAUCAGCCAUAUCUGGACUCAGACUUGUUACAGAUGCGCGUUCUUCCAAGGACAGACUGAGGUACAGAAUCACAGGAGGGAUGUUCCGAUUAGAGUUGGUAUAACCCCCCACAACGUCUUUAUUUGGAAUAAAGUUACCAACAACCUUAUUCAAAUGAUACCGGUGAAGGACAUUUCUUCAACUAAGUUUCAGACUAAAACCAUCGCCGAAUUCGACAACAAAGAAAUUGAUACGAAACUCGUCAAAAACAAUCAAGAGAAAGGAGAAAAUGGCAAGAAGAUCCCAUUUGAUGUGUGGCUGAUAAACUUCACUGUUGUUGCACGUAUCACUAAACGAACAAGCACCGCCGUACCCAUCUUCUCCAAACAGGCGUGUAUGAUGCAGACAAUGUAUGAAAGGAUGAAUGACGAAUCACAUCUUCACGCUGACAAGGGAUCCACUUCAGUCCGCCCAGCUCCAAUAAUACAGAAGGAUCACAUCAAUGAAGUUGAUGCUUUGAUGAGGUCCUACGAUUUCUCCAAUCCAACUCUUAAGAUUGGAUCUAAAGAGGUGCCGGUUGGAACGCGGCACAUCAGCAAGAAAGAGAAUUUGAGAGGAGUGAUGUUGAACAAAAAAGGGAACAAACUUAAGAAGACAGUUGUAAAACAGACAGUCGCUUCAAAAUAUGAUGUCUGAUAUUUAUUUAAGAUUAUGCUUCAAUUCAGAAUUAUUAUUACACAUAUUGAUAUCGUAUAAUAUCAGAUAAACUAUUUUGUGCAUUGAUCUGGUUAGAUUUAAGUAGGUGUGUGCAGUGUGUAGAUACCUCACUAGUGUGUAAUGUGUAUAAACUAUAGAUUAUAGAUUCCUCAUCUGACAGAAGUUAAUUUUACCUUGAACCAACUUCAACUUCUUAUCGAUUUAACGAAAAAUGUUCUUCAAGUAGCUACGACACUGCUACGUAGGUUACAUUUGGUUACAUUUGGUAGCUGAUGAACAGAUCCGAGUUUAUUUCUUUAAGAUGUAUUCAGAUUUAAUUUUACCAGAUAGCUUUUAAAAAUUGUUUAGUUGAUCAAUUAUUUUGACCUUCUAAUUUCAAUUUCAACAAAUC